AUGAACAAGCUUGACCUGCCAUUCCACACCUAUUAUGAGUGGAUUGACAGGGCAGCCUCCACAGCUCAGCUUCAGGCCCCGGCUGACAGGGCAGUGGUGGAGGCGACUCCGAUAUGCAAGACCGAGGACUGCGGAACUAAUAAAACUAUUUUCCCUUUUUUUUGCAAUAGCUUUUACCUCUUGGCUGUGACCUCCCAGGCUGUAGGGGGCACCACAGAGACGCUAUGUAUCACGGUGGACCCCUAUAAAGAAGUCUCACUGGAAGUGAACCUGGAGCUUAAUGGCAACAGAGUGGUACUUCUGAAGGAAAAAUCUAUUAAACAAGAAUACUACCGCUGUAUCCCGUUCCAGGUUCCUGUCGUAAGCGUGGAAUCAGUGGCGUCUAUUGACAUUCAGAUAAAUGGAGAAAGCACAUUCCUGAACAAGACAACAAAGAUCCUCAUCAAACCUCCGACUUCUCUGAUUAUCAUUCAGACGGAUAAACCCAUCUACAAACCAGGACAAACUGGUAACACUGUCUACAUGGAUUUUCACACUUCCUGCCUUCUGUUUUUUUCCGACAAUAGAAGUGCAGAUCUAAGAGCAGUGUAUUUUGUUUUUAUUUUAUUUCAGGACCCAAAUUCGAACCGCAUUGGUCAGUGGCAGAACGUGCCCUCGUACGGCAGUUUUGUGGAUCUGUCAUAUCCCUUGAACUCUGAGGCCACACAAGGAAUUUAUGUCAUCACUGUCCGGAGCCAGAAAAAUGAAGAGAACACACAAUCCUUUGAAGUCAAGGACUACGGUCAGGCUCAGUUUAUCUUUAUAAUUGUCCUUAGAAUACCAAAUAUAUCUUAUCUUUAUUUAAUGAUUGGUAAGAACAAUAUUGAUGGAAAUACCAGUUAUUUAGUACUUAUUAGCAGCUGUAUUUUAGCACUGCGUUUAUUGUCUCUUUUAGUUCUGCCCACGUUUGAAGUGACGGUCCAACUUCCUCCAGUCAUAACCAUCCUGGACACACAGGCUACGCUGAAAGUGUGUGCUAAAUAUACAUACGGGAAGCCAGUGAAUGGGACAGUGAAGGCCAAAGUCUGUCAUAACAGCUACAGCUACUUCUGGUUCCCACUAGAAAGCACAACCCUACCAGACAUCUGCAAGGACUAUAUAUUCAAGACUGACAGGACAGGCUGUGGAGAAAUUGUCUUAAAUCUGAAUGAAUAUGCUUUAACUGAUUCACGCUAUGAAGGUGUAAUCAACGUUCAGUGUGAUGUGGAAGAAUAUGGCACUGUUAACCCUGUAGGUGUGACUCUGCCUGCUUCAGCCAGCUCUUUUAUAUCAUCUAAUAUCGUGACAAUUUCAUUUGAGAAUUCACCAACUGUGUUUAAGCUCGGAAUGACGUAUGAAGGACAGGUUAAAGUGACCGGCCCAAACGCCAGUCCAAUGAUAAAUAAAGUAGUGUUUCUGACUGUAAGUUUUGCUAAUGUUAAAAAUUCAGUCCAAAGGCUGGUUACAAAUGACAAAGGCAUCGCAAACUUUUCCCUCGAAACUCAAGAAUGGGGUCUGGAGCAAGUCUCUCUUCAGGCAGAGUAUGAAAUGACCAAAAGACCAGUUUUAUAUGUGGCAAAUCAGCUCACACCAUACUACCCCACAGCCUACCUCUAUCUUCAGCCUUUCUACUCCAAGAGCCUGAGUUUUAUUAAAUUGAGGAGCAGCUCGAUGCCUUUCAGCUGUGAUAAAAAUGCUGUGAUUGAAGCGGAGUACAUGAUACGUGACGAAACACGCAUACGAUCGUAUAUGUCCUUCUUCUACAUGGUGAUGUCUAGAGGACAUUUGGUUCAGCAAGGACGUCUUUUGGUGGCUAUACCCUCAGGAAGAGUAUUUAUCUGUUUUGUAGUGGAGAUCAGAGGCACACUGUUUCUGUCACUGAGGAACAUGCUACAGUUGUCCCCGGUUGCUCAGGUGGUCCUGUACACAAUCCUUUCCAGUGGUGAGGCUGUGGCAGACAGCAUGAAUUUCCCCAUUCAGCUGUGUUUGGCUGACAAGGUGUCUCUGAAUUUCUCACAAUCGUCUGAGCUUCCUGGUGCUAAAGUGUCAUUGAUCCUGAGAGCCACCCCAGGAUCACUGUGUUCAGUGAGGGCCAUCGAUCAGAGUCUGUUAUUGCUGCGACCAGAGGAGGAGCUCAACAUGGAUUCUGUGUUCAACAUGCUGCCUGUGAAGACGUUAUCAGGAUAUCCAUACAACAUCGAUGACGAGUAUUCAUCCCAAUGCUCUGGGAACCCACCCAUCAACAUAUUUGCAAGACUACGGCCAAUUUAUAUACCAACCUACGGAAAAAUCGACGUGUACAAAACCUUUAAAGAUGUUGGAAUCAAAAUCCUCACCAAUGCCAUAGUCAAGAAACCUUCUGAGUGUUUGCCGUUUAUGAGGACUCCAUCCGCAGAUGAGGUAGCCAUGGCUGCGCCAGCCCUCUUUGCCAGAGAUGUUUCAGCUGACUCGAGUUCAUCAACUGGAUCAGUUGCCCCAGUCGUUACGAUCCGCAAAUAUUUCCCAGAGACGUGGAUUUGGGAUCUCGUUUCAGUCAGUCAGACUGGAGCAACUGUCGUUAUUAAAACGGUUCCAGAUUCCAUCACUACGUGGCAGGCUGGUGCAUUUUGUACAUCAUCUGUUGGGUUCGGAGUCGCACCGAAAACCCAGCUCACUGCCUUCCAGCCUUUCUUUGUGAGCCUCACCAUGCCGAGCUCCGUCAUCCGAGGAGAAGUGUUCAUGCUCAAAGCCACCGUCUUCAACUACCUCCAAAGCUGCAUGAUGGUGAACGUGAGUUUGGCUGGCUCAAAGCAGUUCGCAGCACAAGUGUGUAAAAACUGCAGUUACACAAGCUGCCUGUGUGCUGACGAGAGCCAGACCUUCUCCUGGACCAUCACACCACUGGUUCUGGGGGAGGUAAGCAUCAAUGUGACGGCGGAGGCUGUGCAAUCAUCGACUCGGUGUGGGGCGAGUGCAGUUACUGUACCACAGAAAGGACGCAUCGACAUGGUCAUUAAAACACUGCAAGUGAAGGCUGAGGGAACCAAACUAUGUAAAAGCAACAGUGAACUUCUCUGUCCAGAUGGUAUUGUUCAGACGAAUGUCUCACUGAUUCUGCCUGCGGUGUUCGUGGAAGGUUCAGCCAUGGCCUCAGUCUCUGUCCUGGGAGAUCUGAUGGGCAGAGCGCUACAGAACCUGGCGAGUCUCCUGGCGAUGCCGUACGGCUGUGGAGAGCAAAACAUGCUGGUCUUCGCCCCCAACAUCUUCAUCCUGCUGUACCUGGAGAGCACCAACCAGCUCACGCCCCAGAUCAGGAGCACUGCCAUGACCUACCUCGUGAGCGGAUAUCAGAGAGAACUGACCUACAAACACACUGAUGGAUCUUACAGUGCUUUUGGGAUGAGUGAUCGAUCAGGCAACACAUGGUUGACGGCGUUCGUGAUGAAGUCUUUCGGAAGUGCCAAGCGAUAUAUUUUUGUAGAUCAGGUGUUUGUAGAUCAGGCGAAGGCCUGGCUCGGUCAGCAGCAGCAGGCUAACGGAUGCUUUGCCUCAGUGGGACAACUCAUCCACACUGACAUGCAGGGAGGGGUGAAUGAUGAGGUGACUCUCUCGGCGUACGUCGCAGCUGCAAUGCUGGAGCUCAAUUAUACAAGUGCAGAUCCUGUGGUGAACAGGAGUCUCGCGUGCCUGAGGAAUGCGUACACUCAGGUGAACGCCACCUACGCCAAGGCUCUCCUUUUCUACGCCUUCACUCUAGCUGGAGAUCAGGCGAUGAGGAACACGCUCAUCUCAGACCUGGAUGCAAAGGCCAUAGUCUCAGGGGGCGGGAGGCACUGGAGCAGAGUGGAUAGUGGGUCUGUGACGGACUCUUUGGAGGUGGAGAUUACCUCGUAUGUGCUUCUGGCUCUGAUGUCUGGACCCCAGCUCUCCGGGUUUGGCCUGGGUUACAGCAGCAGCAUCGUCCGUUGGCUUUCUCAGCAGCAGAACCCCUUUGGGGGCUUCAGGUCUACACAGGACACUGUCGUGGCUCUCCAGGCUCUGGCGAAAUACAGUAUCAUCACCUACAGUCCAGCAGGAGAUGUUAAUGUUACUAUAACAUCACCAUCAGGGGUGAUUAACACGUUUAACAUCAAUCAGAGUAACAGGCUGCAGUAUCAGGAGAGUCAGCUGGAGGAGGUUCCUGGAGAUUACAACGUCACAGCACAAGGGAAAGGCUGUGUGUACGUGCAGUUCACUUUGUGCUACAAUGUCCCUCCUCCUCCUGACCAGUCUGCAUUUACUAUCUCGGUCUCAGCAUCUGGAAAAUGCAAGGUCCCAAAUCUAUCUUUUGAAGUGACCAUUAGUGUCAGGUAUAACGGUCAACGAUUGGUGACCAACAUGGUGAUCAUUAACGUCAAGCUUCUGUCUGGAUUCAGUGCGGACAAGACGUCUGUGAUGCUUGUGAACAGCAGUCCAAAUUUGACUGAUGGAUCUGUGAAACGUGUGGAUCAAGCUGAUGGUGAAGUCAUUAUCUACCUGAAUGGACUGACAAAAGGAGUGGAGAAGGUGUACACCCUGAGGAUCGUGCAGGACAUUGCAGUGGCGAACCUGAAACCAGCCGUUGUGAAGGUUUACGACUACUACGAGACCGGUGACUCGGCUGUAACUGAAUACGCCUCACCAUGCACUUAA